CUUGCCUUUCGCCUACCACAUUUUCUUCAUUUUCGACCAAAAUGACAACAAAAUCGACGUUGUCGAAAAAAAUUGGCGAUUUGUUUGAUGUUCGCCCUACUGAAAAGGACCCUGAAAGCUUGGACACGGCCUUUUCAGACGGAGAGUCAUCGUCAGAAGAACAGAAUAACGCUGGUACCGAGCAUUAUGUUGAUGUUGGUCCUAGUGCUCUGAGACAAAAACAAGCACCUGCCUUGGACCCCAAAUUCAAAGCCAAAAAAGUUUCACGUAAGGACGUGUUCAAAGAUGAGAAAGAGGAUAAUGAAGAGGACGGUGAAAGUGAGGAGGGUCAGUCUGAUGAGUCCGAAGACGAAUUGGAGGAGGAAUCUGUCAACUCUUUUAGCGAAAGCGAAGAGGCUUCUGAAGCAGAAGAAGAAUCCGAGGUGGAUUCUGAGUCAGAACCCGAGUCAGAAUCCGAAUCUACCGGCGACUCUACUAUGGACAAGGUAAAAAAGCUACUCGAAAGCAAGCAGGAAGACCUCUCUCUUCAGCUGAAAGCGUCUGCCGUGGAGAACGUCAAAAAGGGAAAAGCAUUAAAAGAGCAAAUUCGUUUGUACAACCGGCUGCUUGACUCUCGAAUUCGUCUGCAAAAGGGUUUUCUGGCCAUUCGAAACGUUGAUGUUACCAAUGAAGACUCGAAACAGGAAACUGCAGAUGCCAGAAGUGCCAUCGUGAACAUGUUACACACAACGAUGAAGCUUCGCCGACAAAUGCUGGAGGGUUGUGACGUCGAUACAUCAGCUUUGCGCAAACGCAAGUUUGAUGCCGUAGACACCGAUACUGUACUUGACAACAUUCGUGCCCUGGACAGCAGUGCUUCCGAUUGGAAGAAUGAAGUACUGACCAAAUGGUACAAUCGCACCCAGCUUUCACAGAAUGCAGGCAGCGGCAACAAGUUUAAAGCUUUGAACCAAGAUGCCGUUACACAAAUUGAUCAAGCCAUGCUGCGGAAAGACGAACUGGUCCAACGCACACGCAUCGAUCGUUCAGGACCUACGGUCAGCUCAGAACCAAACACAGAAAUAUUCGACGACACCGAUUUCUACCAGUCGCUACUUCGCGACCUAAUUAACUCUCGUAUGGCUGAUUCGACGACCGCCGAAGGUGUUCGUUGGGUGGCUACAAAGCGUCAAAAACAAAAGAAAGAAAACGUCGAUACUAAGGCUAGCAAGGGUCGUAAGCUGCGAUACCACGUUCAUGAAAAGAUUCGCAAUUUUAUGGUACCCAUUGAGACUGGUUCAUGGACCGACGAACAGAAGGACGACCUGUUCAACAGUCUUUUGGGACAACAGGUGUUCUUAACAGAGCAGCCCGCAACGAAUGAGGGUCUUGAGCAACAACAAGGUCAAGAGGAAGUUCUUGUUGAUGCUGGCUUUAAGCUUUUUGGAUAAUUGGGUUUUAUUAGAUUUCUGUAUAUGCAAUGUAUGGUUUUGGUGUAAUAGAUAGGAGGACUCUGCAAGAGCUGGAAAGUAGGGCAAUCGG